GAUUCAUACCCUCAGGAUGGUUUUGAAGAUGUAUUUGCGUGCAGCGAUGACCUAGACAGCGAAGGUAGCGACGGGAUGUUUCCAGUGAAAAAGUCUCUCUCAUUUGUCAAUCUUGACAUUCACAAGGAAAACUCAAAGCUGAAUCACAUAACAUCAGGUCAAAGACAAACUAACUCACUGGGUGCAUUUGGGGAUGAAUCUGUUAUUCGUCGCAGAAAAGAAUUUGCUAGCCUUGAUUAUCCAAGUUUAGCGCUGAGGUUUCCAUUACAUAUGAAGCGAACUGAUAGCUCAUCUUCACUGACAGAAAAAGAGCACAUUCAAUCACUAGAUCUGUCUGCAAAUGACCUGGAAAACAUAGACCUAAUAAAUAAAAAGUCUCUUCUUGCAAAUCAUUUAGAACGCCUUGAGAAAAUUGAGCUUCAGCAGAACAGAUUAACGUCUUUACCAAAGUCUCUUUGUGAGGAGGUGGCGGCUUAUCACAUUUAA